UUUCAGUGGUUAUACUGUUUAAACAUCUGACCUGGAAGAUGGUUGAAGGUCCGGGCGUUACAUUAAACGGAGAGAAAAUCCGCUCUGAAGUCCAGAAAGGACAGAAAGUGAAGGAGAUCAGAGGCAGUUUGACGACAUCCACAAGGAACAACACCGAGGGAAAUGUCUUCCUCAGGUUGUCUGGGUGUCCGUACACCGGGGUGGAAACCCUGGGCAAGGAGCUCUUCAUGUACUUUGGUCCAAGAGCGUUGAGAGUCCACUUUGGUAUGAAUGGAUCGAUGCGUAUAAACCCUGCUGAGAGGAAGGAUAGGACUGGCUCCGCACCAGUGCUGGAAAUACACCUGACUAACGACAUUGUGCGCUUCUUUGACAGCACUGUGGAAAUAAGGUUGACAGAGGACUGCGAGCAAAGGGUGAGGGCUAUGGAGAGUCUGGAUGUGUGCUCAUCCAAGUUCAGCUUCUCCCGCUCCGAGGAGGCAGUGAGGAGUCAGAGUAGCAGGAUGCUCUGUGACGUUCUCCUAGACCAGGCCGUCAUGCCAGGAGUCGGCAACAUCAUUAAAAACGAAGCCCUGUUUGACUCGGGCCUCCAUCCAGCCGUGAAGGUUCAACAGCUGAAAGACGAGCAGAUCCACCACUUGGUGAAGAUGACGCGUGAUUUCACUCUUCUGUUUUACAAGUGUCGCAAAUCCGGCUCUCCUCUCUACAAACAUUACAAAGUCUACAAGCGUCCCCAGUGCGGCCAGUGCUUUCAUGUCAUCACAGUCUGUCGUCUUGGUGACAACGGCAGGAUGACUUACUUGUGCGAGAGCUGUCAGAAGGGAGAUCCCAGCGGGGUUGACAUCAGUAAGCUCCCAGUCAGAAACAGUUUGAUUGGCUGGGCCUACAAUGACAGAACCAAUGACAGCGUGGCUAAGAGUGAGGAAGAGGACUGGGCCUGUCAACUCUGCACGCUCAUCAACCAGCCAGCAGCAAAAGCCUGUGAUGCCUGCCUCACUCCAAGACCUGAGGUCCACAAAGAUGACAUUAACACUGAGGCAUCACCCUUCACCGCUGAUUUGAUUAAAUACCCCUGCACUGCCUUCAAGAAGCCACAAGAGGAGCUCAAAGUCAACUGGAGGUCUGCAUUCGGGACUUCCACCCUUGUGUUCUCUGACUUGAGCAAGAAGCCAAAGCCUGUAAACUCCCCACUCUCCCCAGCCGGCAGUCAUUUGAAUUCCUUGGCGGCAGAGCGAGGUUUAUAUAAAUACAGCGUCUGCCAAGGGACAACAAGCCCCAAUUAUGCCUCUGGUGGCUGGCAGAGGCAAAGUGCCGAGCUCUCCAAUGGGGAAUCACUGGCCUCCUACAGUCACCCAUCCAAGAAAAUGAGAAUUGAUCACAGUCCUUUUCCCAGUAACAAUGCUCAAAAUGGAGCCCCCAACUCAGGUACGCGCAAAAUAGAAGCGACAAGCCGCAGCUCCUCCAUUUCUUCCAGUCCCAGAGCCCCUGGCUGUGCAUCCCAUCGUCGUCCAGCUGUCCUCAGAGUGGUCCACAAGGAGGGGGAGAAUAAGGGAAGACAGUUCUACGCCUGCUCGCUUCCCAGAGAGACCAAGUGUAACUUCUUUGAGUGGGCUGACUCGCACUUCCCUUCUUGUCACCACGGGAAACGCUGUUUAAUGAGGACGGUUCUGAAACUGGGACCCAACAAUGGCCGGAAAUUCUACACCUGCAGCUUUCAAAAGGGUAAACAGUGUGAGUUUUUCCAGUGGGCAGAGAAUUGACCAGGGGUAUCCAUCCUCCCUGGUUGUUAAUGUGUUUUAGCAAUGCAUUGCUUCUAUAUGAAAGUCUGAUGCCCAUGUUGAUAUACAUCAAUGGAUAUAGAAAGGGGCCUGAUAACACAUCAUUAACUUCGGGAAAUACACAGAUUUUAACUGAACUAUAGAUUAAAUGGACAA